ACUACUAAAACAUAUCGGUAUAUUAUGGUUAAACGCAUUGAUUGGUACGUUCAAGUAUAGCUGGAAGGCACGGACUUCAUAUAAUGUAAAGUUAUUCCGCUUGUGCCUAAGUCAAUAUUAUAGUGACAAUUGUAUUUAACUCUUCAAAUAUAGUAACGAAGGUCAAACUAAUUGAAACAACGUGAGGAAGGUAAUUAGCAACAAAACAGCAGUCGUUAAAAAUACGCAAAUACUGCUUAAGCCUUAGGUAAAAGUUUCAAAUAAAAGCGUAGCCGCUAAACCCACGACGUAUCAUAUAUAAUAGACGCGUGUGCAAGAACUUGCAGCAUUGCUGUUGCAAAGAGAUUUAUCAACCAAACAUGAAGUGUGUUUUACUUCUUUGUUUCUUAUUGGGGUCGGCCUCGGCUACUCCUCUUCUGAUUGGUGCGUUCAACGUUCAAAUAUUCGGCCAAUCAAAGAUGGAUAAACCUGACGUAGUCGCCACUCUUGUAAAAAUCGUACAGCGUUAUGACGUCAUAAUGAUUCAAGAAAUUCGCGAUUCUGCUGGAACAGCGCUUCCUGAGCUCGUAACUGAAGUCAACGGGGUUUCAUCUGUCCCUUACAGUUACGUAGUGAGCCCGAGGACCGGUAGAACGAGCAGUAAAGAACAAUAUGGCUACAUCUACAGGGCGGACAAAGUAACCGUAAUGUCAGAAUAUCAGUACCCAGACAACAGCGACGUGUUCGAGCGAGAACCUUAUUCGGUUAAGUUCGGAAGAAGCAGUUCGGGUAAACAACAAACUUUCAGUUACAUUUCAAUCCACGCUAAACCUGAUGACGCAGUCGCUGAAAUCGACGCCCUUGAUGACGUAUAUGACGUAGUGGCGAAGCAAUAUGGGGAGGACGCACUGAUAGCUGGGGACUUCAACGCUGAUUGUAGCUACGUUUGCUCAUCAUGCUGGCAAACCAUUGAUAUGUGGACAGAUCCAAGAUUUACCUGGCUUAUCGGGUCUGACGUGGACACAACUGUGAGCAGCACCGACUGUGCUUACGACAGAAUCGUUGUUGCUGGUAAAGCUAUGACGGAGAAUUCUGGCAUGGGAAGUGUAUUCCGGUUCGAUCUUGCUUACAAUCUCUCGUAUGAAGAGACGAAAGAUGUGAGCGACCAUUACCCAGUCGAAUUCUACUUGCAGUAAGAUGUAUAUGAUCAGCAAGUGUACAUAUAGAUCGUAAUAAUUGGUGAUAAAUCAUUAAAUACAAUAUAAAUUAUAAAUGAUACAAGUUUCAUGG